AUGAUUGGACCCAUUCGUUUGAAACCCAUCGAGAGCAGAGCUGGGCCCGAUCCAACUACUGUCUCAACAAGCAAAUUUAGCCAGGACCCAAACUCAACAGUGUCCGCCAAGCAUUGGUUCUUAUGUGCAAAUCCAGAUCUUGGCAAAAGGUCCUUUCUCUGUCUGCAGGAGCUCAAGUUGGAUCCGCUCAUAUCCCAUGAAGUUGGUUUCCAUGACAUUAACAGAGCUUUUGAUCUACUGCUCGAGGGAAAGAGCCUCCGAUGCAUCAUUUGGAUGGAUAAAUAA